AUGGCUGCUUGCGUUGAGGGGACCUAUGUGAUUGUGUCGGGUGAAUCUUGUCUUGAUAGUAGUGCAGUUGAUAUUGUUUUGGGUAAUCUGGAGUGGUAUGUACCGUAGUUGUGCUGUUCAUUAUUCCGAUAUUGUAUGGCAGCGGGUCCUUGUGUUGAGAAUGAAUCCUUUAACAGGCUGGUUAGCCUCCUUGUCUCGAGCAAGGUAGGUUGAUUGGAGCUUUGUUGAUAUUGCGAUGGGUAAUGUAGAGUUGUGUGUACGGUAGUU